GUUCUGAACCGGAUCUAGACGGAAACCCUUCUUUUAUAACAUAUCUCCGCCGUCUCUCUAUCGCUCUUUAACGUGUUUUUCGGUUCCUGCACAGAUCUACCAAUAUUUCAUAUCCACCGCCGCACGGAAGUGUGGGAUCUCAGCUCUAGCAAUGGGAAAGAAGAAGGCAGAUGAUGCUGGUACUAAGGCCAAGAGUAGUAAAGAGAAGAUGUCCGUCUCCGAAAUGCUUGCAAGCAUGGAUGCGAAGCCGGACAAGCCAAAGAAAGGAGCAAGCACUACUUCCAGUAAACCGAAGCCAAAAGCUGCACCAAAAGCUUCAUCCUAUAUCGACGGUAUAGAUCUUCCAUCCUCUGAUGAAGAAGAUGAAGAGAUAAAUUCUGAAGAAGAACAAAAGCUGAAUGAGCGGCAGAGCAGAAGUGCAGCUAAGUCUCUUGAUGUUGGUGCAACUGGUAAAGAGUUAAAGAAACGCGAAAAGAAGGAUAUUCUUGCUACUCAAGCUGCAGAAUUGGCCAAAAAGGAGGCCCUCAGAGACGAUCGUGAUGCCUUUACUGUUGUGAUCGGUAGCCGGGCUUCCAUUCUUGAUGGAGAAAACGAUGCAGAUGCUAAUGUGAAAGAUAUUACGGUAGAUAACUUUUCUGUAGCUGCUCGUGGGAAAGAACUCUUGAAGAAUGCAUCAGUAAAGAUUUCUCAUGGGAAAAGGUAUGGGCUUGUUGGGCCGAAUGGGAAGGGGAAGUCUACACUGCUAAAGCUUCUUGCUUGGAGAAAGAUCCCGGUGCCUAAAAACAUUGAUGUACUUUUAGUCGAGCAGGAGGUUGUUGGCGACGAUAAAACUGCUCUGGAAGCAGUUGUUGCUGCCAAUGAAGAACUCAUUAAACUUAGACAAGAAGCUGCAUCUUUGCAGGAUGCUGCAAAUGCCACCAAUGGCGACAAUGACGAUGAUGAGGGGGAUGAUGUGGGGGAGAAGCUCACCGAAUUGUAUGAAAAGUUGCAGCUGAUGGGAUCAGAUGCUGCUGAGGCUCAGGCGUCGAAAAUUCUUGCCGGUUUGGGUUUCACGAAGGAUAUGCAGGGCCGUCCAACAAAGUCGUUUAGUGGUGGUUGGAGGAUGAGAAUAUCACUGGCGAGGGCGCUUUUUGUUCAGCCGACGUUGUUGCUGUUGGACGAACCUACCAAUCAUCUCGAUCUCCGAGCUGUUCUGUGGUUGGAAGAAUACUUAUGCCGGUGGAAGAAAACUCUGGUUGUAGUUUCUCACGAUCGAGAUUUUCUCAACACCGUAUGCAAUGAGAUCAUCCAUCUCCAUGAUCUGAAACUCCAUUUCUACCGUGGGAAUUUCGAUGAUUUCGAAAGUGGAUAUGAGCAGCGCCGGAAAGAAAUGAACAAGAAGUUUGAGGUUUACAGCAAGCAGGUAAAGGCUGCAGCGAGAUCCGGGAACCGAGCACAGCAAGAAAAGGUCAAGGACAGAGCCAAAUUCGCCGCAGCUAAAGAAGCCUCGAAAAAUAAGGGUAAGAACAAAGUCGAUGACGACGAGCCCGUGCAGGAGGCUCCUCAGAAAUGGAGAGACUACACUGUCGAGUUUCAUUUCCCUGAACCCACAGAGUUAACUCCGCCACUUCUUCAGCUGAUCGAAGUCACCUUCAGCUACCCUAAUCGCCCUGAUUUCAAGCUCUCGAAUGUGGAUGUUGGCAUUGAUAUGGGCACACGCGUUGCCAUUGUUGGGCCAAAUGGUGCCGGGAAGUCGACCCUACUCAACCUUCUUGCCGGCGAUUUAACUCCCACCGAGGGUGAGGUCAGGAGAAGCCAGAAAUUGAGAAUCGGAAGAUACUCGCAACACUUUGUAGAUCUACUGACAAUGGACGAAACUCCCGUUCAAUAUCUGCUACGAUUGCAUCCUGAUCAAGAAGGACUCAGCAAGCAAGAAGCUGUACGAGCAAAGCUCGGUAAAUUUGGACUUCCUAGCCACAACCACUUAACUCCAAUCUUAAAACUUUCCGGUGGACAGAAAGCCCGCGUGGUUUUCACUUCCAUAUCGAUGUCGAAGCCGCACAUUCUGUUAUUAGACGAGCCCACGAAUCAUUUGGAUAUGCAAAGUAUAGAUGCACUGGCAGAUGCUCUCGAUGAGUUCACGGGGGGAGUUGUGCUCGUCAGCCAUGAUUCAAGGCUGAUUUCGCGCGUCUGCGAAGAUGAAGAGAGGAGUGAGAUAUGGGUAGUCGAGAACGGCACUGUGGAGACAUUCCCGGGUUCGUUCGAGGAAUACAAAGACGAGCUUGUCAAGGAGAUCAGAGCCGAAGUCGACGAUUGAUUCGCAUUGUGAAUCAAAUUAGGUAAGUUUUUACUAUUUGCAAACAAGUUUGAAUUUUGCUGCUGGUUUAUGCAUUUAGUGAUUAUAUAUAUAUAUAUAUAUAUUUUGAUGGAGAAAUUGGAGUUUGAUCGAUCAAUUUUGGGGGCUGAUGAUAAUAAUUCUCCACCACUUUUUAUGGCUGCUGAACUUUGUUAUCUCUAAAUUUGAUUUUAUUCUUGAGUUGAGGUAGUAGUUGCAGUGGUCGUUUAAAUUUUAUGUAUACAUACAUAUAUAUAUAUAUAUUUAUAUAGGUUCUUGAUUGUGUUUGCAUGAUGAUCCUUGAACUGCACACUUGUAACAUUACUGCUGUCUUUAUAAAUUAAAUAUUUUGCUGCA